CUGCCACCCCUGGCAGGAUUACCAUACGCUCUGUUCUGUGUUUGUCAAGCUGCUACUUUGAAAUAAGUUUGGAAGGGGGAGCAGCUCUGCUCUAUGGGAUCUCUUUACCUUUCUUCAUACUAGGAUUUGGGAUUUUUUCUUCACAUCAAGGAGGAACAAAGGCGUUGACCGUAAAUCGUUAAUAUUUAGUUUCUUGUGGAAAUUGCACGCUUGAUUUUUGCAGCUGAUUGGAGUCUGGCAGGGUUUUUGCUGGAGUAGCUGGAUCUUUAAACGUCUAUGUACCAUGGAAUGUUUUGAACGUCUCUUAGACUUCUGCAAAACAUUUCGAAGAUCAAUGCCUUCCGUGCAAUGCAUUACAGCCUGAGAAGCUUGAAUUGAACCUUUCCAUUAGUGGCUUCCAGUUUCGGAGUUCUUACCGGUAACUAUGGCUGGAGUGUACAGCUCUACCCUGAAGACCCUGGAAGACCUGACACUGGACUCUGGCUAUGGAGCAGAGGACUCUUGCAGGUCCCUCAGCCUCUCGUCCUCCAAGUCCAACUCGCAGCCGCUGGCGUCUUCCCAGCACCGUGGUACCUGGUGGUACUACUCCGGGUCCAUGAAUAGUAGGAAUAGCAGCUGGGAUACCAUGAACUCUGCUUUGACAGAGGACCCAGACCUGGUGGACCUUUUCUCCAGGUGCCACCGGCUCCCAGACCUGGAAGAGUUCCCCUGGACAGAUGAAGACAUUGGCAAGCUGCUGAGGACUGGCAAAGGUGAUGGUGGAGUCAGGUGGGACUUCUCCCAGGAUGCUGUCAGGAGGAUGUCCAUCUUACUGAGGAGACCUUUGAUCAGGAUUUCUAGAGAAGCUCAGAGGCUGAGCGUUCUUCAUGCCAAGUGCACCCGCUAUGAGAUCCAGAGCGCCAUGAAACUCAUCCUGAGCUGGGCACUAUCCCAGAGUUGCACCCUUGCCACGGUUCGGGCAAUGUCUCUCUAUAGCAUGAGUGCUGGGGAUGGCCUGAGGCAGGGCAAGUCUGCAAGAUGUGGUCUGUCUUUGUCGGUGGGCAGGUUCUUCAGGUGGAUGGUGGACACCAGGAUAUCCGUGAGGAUCCAUGAGUAUGCUGCCAUCUGCUUGACGUCCUGCAUGGAGAACCUGUUGGAGGAGAUCAGGAACCGUGUAGUGGCCAGCCAAGGAACUGAUGGAGCAGAGAUCUCUCUGGAUGGCCUGGAAAUGGCAAUCAACAAUGACGCUGAACUGUGGGGGGUCCUACAACCCUAUGAGCACUUAAUUUGUGGGAAGAAUGCCAAUGGUGUCCUCUCACUCCCCCCAUACUUCAGCCCAUAUAAAGACAAUUCUGUUUCCAGAGAUGACACCACAGACGCGUACACGCACCUUGAACUGCGCACUUUGGAACAAUCGCUCCUCGCCACAUGUGUCGGCAGCAUCUCCGAGCUGAGUGACCUGGUAUCCCGUGCCAUGCACCACAUGCAGUGUCUGAACACGCUGAGGCCCGGCAUGAGCCCGGUACGCCAAGCUCGCCACCCCCAACAGCACAUCACCUGGUCCCCAGACUCCCUGCACACCCUGUACUACUUCCUGCGCUGCUCACAGAUGGAAUCCAUGGAGAAUCCCAACCUGGACCCGCCCAGAAUGGCACUUCACAAUGAGCGGCCAUUUAUUCUGCUGCCGCCCCUCAUGGAAUGGAUGCGUGUAGCCAUCACAUACGCUGAACACCGCCGCAGCCUGACCGUAGACGCUGAUGACAUCAGACAGACCGCCAGAUUGCUCCUCCCUGGCCUGGACUGUGAACCGCGACAGCUCAAGCCGGAGUGUUGCUUUAGCUCCCUAAGACGCCUGGACGCUGGGGCAGCCGCUGAACGUUUUCAACAGGACCUGGGAUUCCGAAUGCUAAACUGCGGCCGCACUGAUCUGAUUCCUCAGGCGGUACGAGCACUGGGACCUGACGGAAUAAACACCAUGGAUGAUCAGGGUUUGACGCCGCUCAUGUACGCCUGUGCAGCUGGGGAUGAGGCCAUGGUGCAGAUGUUGAUAGAAGCUGGAGCUGACCUGGAUGCUGCGGUGCCCAGCAGUUCCCCCCGACACCCAUCUGUGCACCCUGACACCCGGCACUGGACUGCAUUGACGUUUGCUGUCCUCCAUGGACACAUAUCGGUUGUGCAGUUACUCCUGGAUGCCGGCGCCAGUGUGGAGGGCUCAGUCGGGAACAGCAGAGAAGACAACUAUGCAGAGACCCCUUUACAGCUGGCCUCUGCUGCAGGUAACUAUGAGCUGGUCAGUCUUCUCCUGGACAGAGGAGCCGAUCCCCUCCUGAACAUGCUGGAAGCCGGGCGGGUGUCAUCCUCGCUACACGAGGACAUGAACUGCUUCAGCCACUCAGCCGCACAUGGGCACAGGAAUGUCCUGCGAAAACUGCUGACUCAGCCCCAACUCUGUACGGGAGAUGUCCUCUCCCUGGAGGAGAUCCUGGCGGAGGGGGUGGAGAGUGACACCUCCAGUAUCGGCAGCUCAGAUCGGGGUCCUAUCCGGCUCUGUAAGACCAGAAUGAAGGCGCUGCAGGAGGCUACGUACUACAGCGCAGAACAUGGCUAUCUGGACAUCACUAUGGAGCUGCGCGGCCUCGGGGUGCCAUGGAAGCUGCAUGUAUGGAUCGAGUCCCUGCGGACCUCUUUCAACUACUCACACCGAUCCAUUAUGGAGAAUCUGCUGCAAGAGUUCACCAGCAUACGGGAGGAGGAUUAUAACGAGGAGCUCAUUAACGAGGGCCUCCCUCUUCUAUUCACCAUAUUCAAGACCACUAAGAGUGACGCCGUGUCGCAGCAAGUGGCCGCCAUCUUUGCUCAUAGUUAUGGAGACAGCCCAAUUCCCAAGAUUCCUGAUAUACACAGGGCCCUUCCCGCUCGGCUUGAUCCCCACUUCCUGAACAACAAGGAGAUGGCGGACAUCACAUUCCUGGUGGAAGGAAAACUCUUCUAUGCUCAUAAGGUCCUCCUGGUCACGGCCUCCAACAGGUUUAAAUCUUUGCUGAAUUCUCUAAUCGAUGGAGAGGAUUCUUGCCCCACAAUUGAAAUCACAGAUGUUAAGUACAGCAUUUUCCAGAUGAUCAUGCAGUAUUUAUACUUUGGUGGUACAGAAUCCAUACAAGUGCCAAUGUCCGCUGUUCUGGAGCUCCUGUCCGCAGCGAGUCAUUUUCAGCUGGAUGCUCUGCAGCGGCACUGUGAGAUCUUGUGCUCCCAGAACAUCGACACCGACAACUGCGUCAGCAUUUAUAAAUACGCCAAGGUCCACAAUGCCGGUGAACUGGCGCUGUUCUGCGAAGGAUACUUCCUACAAAACAUGAGGACGCUGCUGGAGCAGGAACCCUUCAAGCAAAUUAUCUGUGGCCGGAACAGCAAAGUGCAGGGAUUGGACAUUCUGAUGGACUUGAAACAUACACUGACCAAUAGGAUCAAAGACAUUUACAUAUCUUGUCGGGUGUGAAAGUCAUGGGGGGGAAGUCCAAGUCAUGUUGGUCCUUAUAAUGGGGCCAUUGCGGGUGUCAAGCUGGAACUUGGGGGGGGCUACACAGCCAAGAAUGAGGCCGAUGUAAAGCAAUCUGGAGCUGUAUGUUGAUGUAGAUAGGCAGUGCACAUAUAUAUAUAUUUGUAUAAAGCUGUUCCCCCCCCAGGGUCAGGGCUCUGCACCAUGUGCGUUGCAAACUAUUACAGCCAAAAUCUCCCAGGAGUGAUUGUACAGAAACAUGGAAGCAUCUUUUGUAUUUGUUUGGGCAUCGGGCAUUUCUGUUUUUUAUUAUUGUAAAGAAAGUUGCACAUAUAGCAGAGCCCCUGGGGGGAGGUACUUAUGGGGGGGGGGAGAGAGAGUUGUGUGCUCAGCCAAUUAUAGAAGCUCCAAACAUAUUCCAGUGAGGUAUGUA